AUGUUCCAUUCCAAGUCUUCCUGGCUUUUCACCCAUAUGAUUGAGCUUCGAAAGAUCUGCGGCCGCGUUCUAGAGUCAAUAUACAUCGCCCGUGGCCCGAAAGGACGAUGCCCCACUAUGACCUUCCAGGAGAUUUGCGCCAUCUCUGAUGAGCUACAUCAGCGGCUAGAUCGGUGGAAAACUCAGCUUGAUGCAACGGGCCUGGGGCCGUCGCUGGAAUACAAGCAGAUGCUCAUCGAGUACUACAUGGUGCUAUUAAACCUGAACCGACCAUCGCCGUCGUUCAUGAUUCCAUCGCAGAACAUGAUCGCCAUCUGCUCACAUGCCUCAUCGAGCGCGUUGCAGCAGUGGGCGGCUAUUUCGGCGGACGAGGGAAUCUCGGUUAUUUGUCGUUGUUACCGCCACUUUCAUGAUAUCCUGCUGACGGGGCUUGUUCGUCUUUACUGCGAUUGGCACAUAUGCAAGAUCGCCCAAACCUCCGCCAACCCCAUGCUCGCACCGACCCUCCACCACCAGGAUGCGAACAUCUGCCAGGACCUCCUGGAUAGAGGCAUCGCAAGCCUGCAGAACCCCGCCCUGUCCAAAUUCCGCGAUCUCUUCUCCGCUCUCCGAACGAAAAUUUAUACUUCCGUCACCGCCACCGCCGUGGAUAGCCAACACCCCAUGCCGCCACCGCAGAUGACCAACGUGCCGUUCUUCUCAAACCCCGCCGACGUAAUGGAGGGCGUCGACUCCACUGCCGACGCGAGCAUGAUGUUCUCCGGUCCGGACGGACUAGAGUCUUAUCUGAGCCAGGUGUCGACCAUCUUCGAUGAUCAGAUGAUCAAUAUCGAUGACACGCUAACGGCGUGGUAUGGGUCUGUCCUGGACGAUAUCGGGGAAUCGGAUCACCUUCGUACAGCGCAUAUGGUGAGCUAA